UUUUACAUUUUCCCCUCAGCAUUCAAAGCCGUGUUCUCAAAUCUCAAUGCCACUGGAAGAUAUGGUCCAACAUCGCUCGGAAGUUACUACACAGGUCAGGAUCAUGACGGACAAGUUGCUCUGUCCAGUGGUAUUCAACAGUGGACUGUGCCGUACACUGGUGAUUACAGAAUAGAAGCAGUAGGGGCAGCUGGGGGGUACGAUCUAGAGAUUAACAGCUCUCAGUACCGCGGAAGAGGAGCAAGAAUUAUUGGAACAUUCCGCUUAAACAAGAGUGAAGUCAUCCAGGUACUUGUAGGUCAAGAAGGAGGAAGAAACAAGAGGCGUUAUUCUUCUGGAGGUGGUGGAGGUACAUUUGUAGUGAGAGGAGCCAACACACCUUUGAUAAUAGCUGGAGGCGGAGGAGGGGUAGCACGUGUAAAUUCAAGACAUACAGAAUGUGAUGCCAGCACAAACACGAAAGGGAAUCCUGGGUUCAAAUCAUGGCCAGGGGGAAGCAAUGGACAUGGUGCACAGACUGCUGAUUCUGGAUACUCAGGUGGUGGUGGUGGCGGGUUUUACUCCAGUGGAAGAAGUGGAACGAAUUUCAAUGGGACCAAGGGACAUGGUGGCGAGGGUGGUAAGGGAUUUCUGCAGGGAGGGGUGGGUGGGAGAUCACGGUAUCCCGACGUCUAUGGUGGGUUUGGCGGAGGAGGUGGACCUGAGGGAUAUUUGGCAAGAGGAGGAGGAGGAGGAGGAGGAUACUCUGGGGGAGGCAGUGGGAAAAAGCAUGCAGAUUCCUGUGGGGGUGGUGGUGGAUCCUACAAUGUUGGAAACAAUCAGCAGAAUGAAUGUUGUUACAAUAAGGCUGGCCAUGGUCAGGUGACCAUCACACUACUGUAGAAGAAACAACCGAACCGCUUCCCAUCCAAUGCAUAGAUGAUUUUAACCCUUUAA